AUGUCUCUCACUCUCUUUCUUUCUCUCUCUCUCUCUCUCUCUCUCUCUCUCUCUCUCUCUCUCUCUCUCUCUGUCUGUCCAGCUGUCUAUGUUCAUGAUCUAUCUAUCUAUACCAGACUGUUCAUGAUCUAUCUAUCUAUCUAUCUAUCUAUCUAUCUAUCUAUCUAUCUAUCUAUCUAUCUAUCUAUCUAUCUAUCUCAGUCUGUCUUUUGUCCAUCUAUCUAUCUAUCUAUCUAUCUAUCUAUCUAUCUAUCUAUCUAUCUAUCUAUCUAUCUAUCUAUCUCAGUCUGUCCUUUAUCUAUCUAUCUAUCUAUCUAUCUAUCUAUCUAUCUAUCUAUCUAUCUAUCUAUCUAUCUAUCUAUCUAUGUGUUUGUCCUCUCUCUCUCUGUUCGUUUAUAUCCAUAUAUGCUAAGUCUGCUUGUAUUUUUCAUCUGUAUCUGUCCUUCGCUUAUCUGUCCAUAUUUUCUCACACAUUUACUCCUUCUCUUUCUGUCCUUGCUCGUGUUAUCUUUCAAUCACUUGAUUUUCUCGUGUCUGCGCACACGCUCGUGCGUACGCGUACGAGCAUCAAGUCCUGUUUACAUCAUAACUAUGCUUUCUACCUCACUUUUCUUUCCCCCACUCCCUUCACACUUUUUUUCUUUUUUUGGGGGGGGGGGUCUCCAUCUUUCUGUCUACCACUGUCUUUCUAUUCAGUCUUCUUCCCCGCCCAGGCCACCAGUUUCUACAGCACGGCAUCUUCAUCUUUCUACAGACUUGAGAUGCUAA